UAGAAUGUCUGUCUAUCUACAGUGUAGAGUGUGUAGAAAUCCUGUUGUUAAAGAAGAUCAUCUUGUAGAUAGUAACAAAUCAGAAUUCAAAGAAUGUGACAAUAGUACAGUGUGGUACAUAAGAGAUGACAACAUGCCUGACUGGGUGUCUGAGGCAGUUAAAAAGGAAUCCUGGCAGAAAGGGAAAUUGUGCUGCCCAAAGUGUAAUGGUAAACUGGGAUCAUUCAAUUUUAUCAAAAUACUCACCUGUCAACAAUGUGACAAGCAUGAACUCCCACCGGUUCACAUACUUAAAGAUAGAGUCGAUAAAAAGAUUCUUGCAGUCAAGGCUAAUUCAUCAACUUCUCCAGAUAACAUGCAAACAAAUGCUUCGAGUGAAAGCAUGGAACAGGGAUUUUCACCUUUGAGUGAAAGCAUGGAUCAGGUAUUUACACCUUCAAGUGAAAGCAUGGAUCAUGUAUUUACACCUUCAAGUGAAAGCAUGGAUCAGGUAUUCACACCUUCAAGUGAAAGCAUGGAUCAGGUAUUCAUACCUUCAAGUGAAAUAACUAAAUGUGUAUUUGAUUCUCUGUGUGAUAGGAUUAAUCACGAUGAAACCAAUACAUGUAGUAAUACGAUUAAUCACAAUGGAACCAAUACAUGUAGUAAUACGAUUAAUCACGAUGGAACCAAUAUGUGUAGUAAUAUGAUUAAUCACGAUGGAACCAAUACAUGUAGUAAUAUGAUUAAUCACGAUGGAACCAAUACAUGUAGUAAUACGAUUAAUCAUGAUAGAACCAUUAUGUUGGGUGAUCAAGUUGUCAACACUAAUGCAUUUCCUGAAAUAGUGGCACAACACAAAACAGAUGUAACAAAUCAUGAUCGCUAUUUGAUUGAUAAUAAUGAUAAAUCUCUGAUUAAUGAUGAUGACAUGAUUGAUCAAGUUGAUGAUGGUGGAUCUGAUAAUGACUUUGACGAUAUGAACUCUGAUUUUUGCCCAGAAGAUUUUAUCAAGAUUAGGGAUGGAGAAAUUUUAUAUGAACCCACAUUUGAGCAGAAAAGAACAAACUUUGAUCCUUACAAAGAAAUGUCACAAAAUAAUCUUGAUGGGUUUCCUGUUUCAUCAAAGGACCAUCAUGUAGAUAAAACAGUGAUAUUUUCCUGUUUAACAGUUGUUGAUGAAAAUGGUUUAACGGCUAAUGAAGAUAAUCUUGAACAUAAUCAAGACCAAAGCACUGAAAAACUUGAUAGAGUUCAGGAUUAUGGACAGAACACUAUGGCCAUGUCUUUCAAAACCAACUGUGAUACUUUUCAAAUGCAUCCUCGUCCUAUUGGCAAUGAACACACUAGCACUUUUGAUAUUUCAGAUCAAAUGAAUAACCUUAAAGCUUUGAGUGACCCUCAUAUACAAAGUGGUUCUAACCUGGAACUUUCUAAUGACCCUCAUAUACAAAGUGGUUCUGGUGAAGGUAAUACUGUCACCAAUAAUGCACACCAUUUACUUCAAAAUUUAAGUUCAACUGCCUUUACUGAAACUAGUCAAAUUACCAAUAGGACAUCUGUAGAAGAAACAAAUGACAUUCAGGUGGAUCAACAAACAAAUGAAACCCUAACUGAACCAUUUGGAACUUAUCAGGAAAACAGAACCCACUCAGAACAUCAACACUUUAUAUCAACAAAUGCAGACAUUCUCACUGAAGAAUUUGAAAGUGAAAGUGUCUCAAGCCAGGUGCAAGGUGAUAGCAGGCUCCAGAGAUCAGUAGAUUCCAUUAUAGAAGAUCAGUCUUUAUUUGAGGAAAGUCCUGUGCCAGAUGGAGAAGAUGUAGAUAUAGAUGUGGAUAUUCCUGUUGAUUUUCUAAUGUUGUCUGAGAGGAGUAGGAGGAGGAGACCAAACAGGAGGUCAAGAAGGGAAAAUAAGGGGAAAAGAUAAGAGAAAAAAGAACAGCCAAAAAAUGAAAAUGUGUAUGAAACCUGGUUGAUUGACUUUCCAGAAGAACAUUUAUGUCCUGUUUGUUUUGACUUGUUCUGUGAACCACACGCCUGCUCUCCGUGUGAACACGUGCUGUGUGAGGCAUGUCUGAGACGUGUUGGUCACAAAAAUGUUUACAACACUCCAUGUCCAAUGUGUAGACAGCUGAUUGUACAGUGUAUCAAGAAAACAGACCUGGUUAAAACUUUGAAGGAUUUGUACCCAGAUGAAUACAGAUCCAGACUUAGAGAACAGAGAAAGUAUCUGAAUGAUAAGUUUAGUCCAUUACCUCACAGGAGAACAGCGUUAGGUCAGACUCAAGAGGAUAUCAGAAACAGGAUUCUAGGACAAAGAAAUAAUCUUCAACCACAGCGAGCAAAAAUAUAUUUAGCAGGUUUUGUUCUUCUUAUCAUGAUUGUACCAGUUGUGUCUUUGGGAAAAGCUGUUGUUAAUUCUGCAAUAGGAUUGGUGCAAGAUCUAUGGACAUGGUUUUGAUAUGGCAUCGUGUGUGAUAUUUAUAGAUUAUAACAUGUCCUUUUCCAUAUCAGCCCUGGUAUCAUCCUGAGACUCCCAUAUUACCCCAAGGCACUAGCCGAGGGCUCAUAUGGUUCGAGGGAUGAUACCAGGGCAUAUAUGAUAAGGACAUGUUAUAAUCUAUUUAUCACAUAUUAUACAAAUGCUUAAAAAAGUAGAAAGAAUUUUAUUAUUCCGUCUGGCAAGAUCAUACACUUUUUGUUCUACAUUGAAAUAACUUCAUUUAUUACGAAGCUCCCCAACCGGUCAAAUUUUUAGUCCUAGGAUAUUAUAAUGUCAAUGUCAAAUUUUCUUUAAGUAUUAUUGUUCUUUAUUUCUUGAACAAAUUCCGCUGUCAUUAUAAUCGACGUUCCCUAUUGUCAUUGUUGUUCUGAAAGCUUAUGACAUCAUAAUAAGGCACAAUAACUGGUUAUUUGCCCUGGGCAGGAAUAUGACUUUGGCAAAUCUGCAGUUAUUGCAUAUGAAAAACCCAUUGUUUUCAUAACAAAUAUUUGAUAAAAUGAUUAUUAUUGUGAUGUGUAUAGUGUGUGAAGUGUGUUAUAUGUGCAGUGUUAAGCAAUGUGGCACUUCUUUUCAUUUAAACACCAAAAAAGUAUGUGUGUUUAAGGUGUUUUGCCAAAGAUUUACACGAUUGUAUUCAAUGGUCACAAGCUGAAAAAUGUCAUAUCUUCAGAAGUCAGGUUUGACUUCCAAACACAUGUAAUUUUUCAUUUUUCAUUCUAAAAGUUUUAAGACUUUAGGUGGACAUUUAUUCUUUCAUCAUUACUUAAGUGAUUAAGUCUCUUAUAUGUAUCUUAUUAUUUUUGAGUACUGAUAAUUGUUGUGAUCAAUUCCAACAAAUUCCGUUACAAGGAUUUAUCAAAUUUAGAUAGAAUAGGUUUGCUCAAGACUUUUUGGCCAGGUUGGACUAAGUCCAAAACCAGCUUAUAGUAUGGUGAUGUCCUCAGGCCGAUAGGCUGGCAGUUGGGAAAAGUCGGUACCUUAUUUUGUGUAAUUAACUACUUCUACAGUUUUCAACUCAGAUCUCUGAAAGAGGGGCGAAAGAUACCAGAGGGACAGUCAAACUCAUAGAUCGAAAAUAAACUGACAACGCCAUGGCUAAAAAAUUAAAAGACAAACAGACAAAUAAUAGUACACAAAACACAACAUAGAAAACUAAAGAAUGAGCAACACGAACACCACCAAAAACUGGGGUCGAUCUCUGGUGAUCCGGAAGGGCAAGCAGAUCCUGCUCCACAUGUGGCACUCGUCGUGUUGCUUAUGUUAUUACAAAUCCAGUAAAUAGUCUAAUUCGGUAGGUGAAACUUCACAGAAGAUUGCACAUAUGUAAGUUGUGCACAUGCUAUUAUUGAGGAUUUUUGUUCUCACUUUUUCCAGACUUUGGAACUUAGUUAUUUUACAGUAAAUUUAUGUUUUUCAUUCUUCAUCUUAUAAUAAAGAAAUUCUUCUUCCCCACCAUGUAAUUGCCACAUCAUUGUUAACAUUCUACAUUGAUUAGUCACAAAUAUUUCAACCUUGCCAUUUGAGACUUUGGCUCAUUUUUAUAUACAAUAAACCAACAGUCUAUUGGGUUACCUAAAGUAACUUUUAUAAAUUUUGCAUCAACAUAGUUUGUCUAAAUCCAAGGAUACUGUAUUUUAUUAUUUCAAAUAUAUUUAGUAUUUGAAUACCCACAUACUGAUAUAAAUAUGUGUUCAUUUUCAUCUGGGAUCAUGUUCUAGGGUUUUAGAGGGAGAGGGUUGAUAAAUUAACUUUUCACAAAUUUUUUUUUCUCAUUUGCAUAGGUGAUGAUUGUGAGAGAAAUAUUUUUUUCUUUCAUACAGACAUUUAACACUUACAUUUUUCAUAAGUUUCUGUAAUAUUUCAGUCACAAUACCCUUUAAUUGUAUUGUGUGUUAAAAACCAAAAAUGCAUCUGUAUGCAUUUUAAUGAGAAGCAUCUUUGACCUCCACUAUCUAUUUUAUUUAUGCAUUUAAAGAGGAAGUUUGAAAAAAGGUCACAAAUAUUUGAAAGCAGUAGUUAUUGAGUCUCAUGUUCACCUGUAAAAAAACUAUUUAAACACAUAAAUGAUAUUAUAAUUAAGUUUUAGUAUAUUAUUUCACAAAGAAGGAACUAUAGCAGGAAAUUAUUUACAAUUUCGUUACUUGGUCUUAUCAGAAAGUAGGAUGUCUAGGUGUAUUUCCUGUUUAAGUGAAUGAAUGUUGUGUCAGUCGAGAGAAAUGAUCUAUUUAAGAUUAUGAAUUGAUUUAGAAAAUAUUUGAAUCAUCCCCAACUUAUGUUAUUGAGAAUAUCAAAGUUUUUCACUGUUUGUAGAAGGAAAACAAAUAAAUUCAGUUAAUAAAAUGAUAGAGUUAUCUAUCUUUGUGAAGGUUGAUUCACAUUUAAGGGCUAUUCCAUUAAAAUGUAUGGGGGAGGGUAGGAAGGGAAGUUUAAUUAUUGAAUGUGGGUCAUGGGUCUUUUUUCAGUAUGUGUCCAUUACCAUUAUGCAAAAUAAUCUAAAAAAUGGUUCUUGGUGGUAGGGAUAUUUUGAAAGUCCCUUCCUACCCUCCCACAUACAUUUUAACGGAAUAGCCCUAAGCUAGUUUCAGCUAUUAUAGAUUUUACUGUUAUUGUUAAGUUUUGUUGUUUUUGCUAAGCUUGUUAUUGAUGAACCAGGAUACUUACUAUAUGUUGAAAUUUUAUUUAUUAAUAAAUAUGAAAUUUCAAAUUGUUUAUGUUUGUGUUAUAUGUUUAGUGUCUUUCAUUAUAAACAAAAGAAUUAC